AUGUCGGCCUUUGACUGGCGCGCACCCAUCCCCUCGCCCUGCGCUUACACCUGCUGCUGCACCUCUGACAGGGCGCUGCUGUUCAGGCGGUUUGGCGGGCUGUUCCUGCACUGGCUCCCAAUACUACGAUACAUGACCGCAGUUACGCAAACUCUCAGCUCACGGUGUCUGAUUCAGCCGUUGUGCUUACGAUAUCACGGUCACUUUCCGGACAUCCCAGGCGAAGCUGAGCAGAUGAUGGUUGGAGGGGUUCGUCCGCGUGACCCAGCUGAGGCCGUGCCCGCCGCCCUCGUGGUAAACUUACCAUUUCAGGUUGACAUCAUCCUUGGUUCAGCCUCACGUAUCUUGGCUCAUCUGCAGGUCUCAAAAUGA